UCACUGCGCAUGCGCGGCUCAGGGAGCACGCAGCACGGCGAUCAGCGCUGUGUCCAAUCACAGCUGAUCACAUGUAAACAGGGAAAUGCCGGUUAUCGGCAUUUCUCUCCUCUUAAACUGUCACGUUGAGAGCAUAUCAGUGCCUACCAGUGCACAUCAAUGCCACAUAGUGCCCAUCUGAGCUGCCUUUCAGUGUCAUCCAUCAGUGCCAGUCAGUGCCCCCUAUCAAUGCCAAUCAGUGCCACCUAUCAGUGCUGCCAAUCAGUGCCAUCUAUCAGUGCCAGUCAGUGCCGCCUAUCAGUGCCAGUCAGUGCUGCCUAUCAGUACGCAUCAGUG